GGCGCUGAUCUCCCUCCUUUACAGAUAGAGGAGAUACAAGAACUACUCACACAAAUGGACGUCAAAAAUGUGCGAGUCUUGUCAGAAACCUUCUUUGGUCUGGAUGAGUGGAACGCCACCAUCCAGCGUUUAAAGGUCAUCAUAGUUCUGCCUCAGUGUUCGUCCUCCGCGCUCAACGACCCUGUUCCAACCAUCCACAGUGAACAUGGAGACUGGGAUCUACUGCCAGACUUGUGUCACAGUUCUGUAUCCCGGGGCAAAAUAAACACAAUGGCCACCCAGCAGGCACGACUGUUAGCACACGCUCUCUCCUUCCCAAAGGUUCAGACAUUGGUCUACUGCACACGCUCGGUGUAUCCUGAGGAAAAUGAACAACUGGUGAAAAGAGUUUUAGAGAAAACACACACGCACCCCAAACUGCUGCCCUUCAGGGUGAACGGUCCGAUUUUCCCAGACGAAUCCCAGUCAGGCACAGACACCACAGACUCCAAAUUCUUCAGGCUCAAAACAUCUCAGUUCACCAACGGCUGCUUCAUCGCACGGCUGUCCCGACAGGCGGAUCCCACUAAAGUAGAAACAGUCCACGAUGUGCUGGCAAGGGCAGCAGCAAAGGGCCUCCUGGGUGGAAUAAUUCCUGAACAAUCAAAAACCACUAAAAAGGGGAAAAGCAAGAAGAACCGCCUCGCCUCACCCAGCAGCAAACCUUCAUCCCCUUCGAGCCAAGAGAGGCAGACAGGAAGGGAGCUUGUGAAUGGAGUUGCACCUUCAGAACACGAAGAGAAGAAAGGUGAAUGUGGUGAGGAGGGAGAGGAGGAAGAUAAGGGCGGAAAGAGAGGAAAGAAGACCAGAGGGCUUAAAGGAAGUAAGCCAAAGGUCAAACGACGACCAAAACAAACCAACAGGACUACCACAGUCUUGAAGCAUUACCCUAAAAGCCAUAAGAAGAAAUCGGCAAAGAGAAAAGUCAACCAAUCACAUCUCAAGAGGCGCCUUACAAAAAGCAAACCGAGAAGAAUACCUCGUCUUACACUGACGUUGAUGUCUUCUGAAAAACCCUCCAACCACUUGUCUCCGAUCACAGCCCUGGCGCACAAGCUAAGUAAAAAUGCCACGAUUACAUCACAGCAGACGGUCUUUAGCACCUUUUCCCCUGCCAGUCCUGCUCCACCUGCUGCUCCCCAUGCAGCCUCCAAGCAGGUGCAGAAACACAACACUGAGCCUGAAAGAGCAGCGAAAACACUAAAGGAUGGAGCUAAACCAGAAAAUCUGUUUAAGGCCGGAGGAAAGGUGAUCAGGCCUAAAAUAGAGGUGGCGACAGAGGAUGUAUUGAAGCCUGCAGAUUUUGUCUUGCCACCCAUUUCGUCCCCAUCCUCCAGCUCUGUAAGCAGCAGGAGCGGUAGUUCUCUCUGUCAGCGUCGGUCCCGGACCUCCCACUCCCAGCUCGCCCAAACAUCUGCAUCCUCCUCAGUCUCUCUGCCUGGAUUAUACAAAGAUCAUCUUCACUGAUGUUGUGGUAAAUGAAAUUAUCAGCAUGUUCUGACACUACAGUCAAAAGUAAAUUAUUUGAAAAUAUUUAAAAAUAAA